UUUGCAAAACUGAGCUUACUCUUCUAAAACACAUUUCUCACACUUUUACCACUCUUUCAUACUUUCAAAAAUUUCCUAAACCCUAAACCCCCAAAACUCUCAGCUCUGGGAGCAGAGAAAAAUGUUCUCUCCGGCAAUAAAGAGGCCCGGAGCCGAGCGAAAUCUCGGCAACACUGCGCUCCAUUCCCCGAUUACUCCUCUCACCGAGAACCGCCGAUCCUUUCUCAGCAAUUCGAUUCCCGACCGUCCCAGCACCGGAACCCCUGCUCCUUGGGCUCCUCGCUUGUCCGUUCUCGCCAGAAUUCCUCCAGCGAACAGAAGUGAUAAAGGGGAUCAGACAGAACCAAUCAAGCCUGUAUAUGUUGGAGAGUUUCCCCAGGUGGUUCGUGAUGAACAGGCCAGUUUGCUGCAGAAGCGUAGUCCUGGUGAUGCUUGUAUAUCUGGUGGAAUUGAAAAGGGAACAUCCCUUGCUUGGAUUAUCUGUGGAAAUAGACUAUUCAUUUGGAGUUACUUAUCACCUGCAGCUUCAGUGAAAUGCAAUGUUCUUGAACUCCCUUCAAAUGUAUCAGAAAAUAGAGAUAUUGAUGGUAAUGACCGGAACUGCUGGAUGCUUUGUGUUGUCAAUUGGGAUAGCACAUCUAGGAGAACAAAGAAAGUUGUGAAACAUUUGAACUCUGCUGGUAUUGUUUUGUGUAACCAAAAAACUCGAGCUAUUAUAUACUGGCCUGAUGUCUAUUCUGAAGGGAGAAGUUCUCCUGUCAUAAGUUUUGCAUCUUCUGGUGAAUUAGAGGUCACUUCUUCACUUGUUGAUGGAAAGGCCACCCCAAACAGACAGCGACAGCGAAUUAGGCUUGGAAGUAGUUCAGAUGGAUCAAGUAGACUGAACUCAUUGAUUGCUUCUGCGGUACCUGGUUCUGAGCACGUCUGUGUUGCCCUUGCAUGUAGUUCAAAUGGCCAACUUUGGCAGUUUCACUGCAGUCCCACUGGCAUUCACCGCAAGAAAGUAUAUGAGGAUAUACUGAGUCUAUCCUCCCAAGGGAGUGAUAGUGGUCAACUUAUAGGGAGCAAGGGGUAUCCCAGGUCACUGAUCUGGCGGUUUUCACAUGUUUCCGCAGAUGAGUCUGACAGACAGUUCUUUCUGCUGACUGAUCAUGAGAUACAGUGUUUUAGUGUUGAUCUGAAUCCUGAUGUACAUGUGUCCAAGCUCUGGUCCCAUGAAAUUAUUGGCACGGAUGGAGAUUUGGGCAUUAAGAAGGAUCUGGCUGGUCAAAAGCGAAUAUGGCCUCUCGAUCUGCAGGUGGAUGAUCAUGGAAAGGUGAUUACCAUUCUGGUUGCCACCUUCUGUAAGGACCGGGUUAGUGGUUCGAGCUACACACAGUAUUCUCUUCUGACAAUGCAAUAUAGAUCUGGGGUGAGUAUAGAGCCAACACAUGAACGGGUUUUAGAGAAAAAGGCUCCAAUCCAAGUAAUAAUUCCAAAAGCAAGAGUAGAAGAUGAAGAUUUCUUGUUCUCCAUGAUACUUCGAGUAGGAGGCAAGCCUUCAGGAUCAGCAAUCAUACUUUCUGGUGACGGAACAGCAACAGUCUCCCAUUAUUAUCGAAGCUCAACUCGGCUUUAUCAAUUUGACCUGCCUUAUGAUGCUGGAAAAGUUCUAGAUGCUUCAGUUCUUCCUUCUUCAGAUGAUGGUGAAGAAGGUGCAUGGGUCGUACUAACAGAGAAAGCAGGAAUAUGGGCGAUACCUGAAAAGGCUGUUUUACUUGGUGGAGUUCAACCACCUGAACGAAGCUUGUCGCGUAAGGGGAGCUCAAAUGAAGGAUUUGCACAAGAAGAGAGAAGAAACCUCACAUUUGCAGGCAAUAUUGCUCCUAGAAGGGCUAGUUCUGAAGCAUGGGAUGCUGGAGAUAGACAAACAGAGGUUUUGACUGGGAUUGCACGUCGAACUGGCCAAGAUGAAGAAUCAGAAACUUUGCUGAGUCAUCUUUUCCAUGAUUUUCUAUCAUCUGGACAAGUUGAUGGCUCACUGGAAAAGUUGCAAAGUUCUGGGGCAUUUGAAAGGGAUGGAGAAACAAAUGUUUUUGCACGGAUGAGCAAAUCAAUUGUCGAUACCUUAGCUAAACACUGGACAACAACCAGAGGUGCUGAGAUUUUGGCUAUGGCUGUUGUAUCUACCCAACUUAUGGAUAAGCAGCAGAAGCACAAAAACUUUCUCCAGUUUCUUGCCCUGUCCAAGUGCCACGAGGAGCUGUGUUCUAGACAGAGAUAUUCCUUGCAAAUUAUUUUGGAACAUGGUGAGAAGCUUGCUGGGAUGAUUCAACUGAGAGAACUGCAAAACGUGAUUGGCCAGAACCAUUCAAAUGCAGAAAGUCAAAUGUCAGGUGCUCUUUGGGAUCUUAUUCAAUUAGUUGGUGAGAGAACCCGCCGAAAUACUGUUCUUCUGAUGGACAGAGAUAAUGCUGAGGUGUUCUACAGUAAGGUUUCCGAACUUGACGAAGUAUUUUAUUGCCUAGACAGACAUCUUGAUUAUGUAAUAAGCAUGGAGCAACCGCUUAGGAUUCAGAUUCAAAGAGCUUGUGAGCUCUCAAAUGCUUGUGUCACUAUACUUCACGUGGCCAUGCACCACAGAAAUGAGAAUCACUUGUGGUAUCCACCACCCGAGGGCUUAACACCAUGGUAUUGUCACCCUGUGGUGCGCAAUGGCCUGUGGAGCAUCGGUGCCUUCAUGCUUCAGCUGUUGAAUGAAGGAUCUGGAAUUGAGACGUCUGCAAAAUCAGAUCUAUAUACUCAUCUAGAAGUACUCACUGAAGUUCUACUUGAGGCAUAUUCUGGUGCUGUCACAGCUAAAGUUGAGCGUGGUGAAGAACACAGAGGUCUAUUAGAUGAAUUUUGGAAUAGGAGGGAUACACUCCUUGACUCCCUUUAUCAACAAGUUCAAGAUUUUGUGGAUGGCAAGCACCAGGAUCUAAAUGAAGGAUUUGAAGAGCAAAAAGAAGAAAUGCUUAGGAAGCUUUCUUCACAUUUGCUGUCCAUUGCAAAACGGCACGAGUGCUACAGAGUUCUGUGGAGAAUAUGCUGUGACCUCAAUGAUUCUGUCCUACUUAGAAAUCUUAUGCAUGAGAGCAUGGGACCUAAUGGAGGGUUCAGUUACUUUGUCUUUAAAGAACUGUAUGAGAGGAGGCAAUUUUCCAAGCUUCUAAGGCUUGGAGAAGAAUUUCCGGAAGAGCUAUCUAUCUUUUUAAGACAGCAUCAGGAGCUUCUUUGGCUUCAUGAAGUGUUCCUAAAUCAAUUUUCUUCAGCUUCAGAAACUCUUCAUGUAUUAGCUCUCUCUCGUGAUGAAAGCUCUAUUUCAGCCACUGAAGAGCGGGCAGACACUGACAGUAUUAAUUUAGAACUAAAAUUGGCAGACAGAAAGCGCCUUUUGAAUCUUUCAAAUAUAGCUGCAAGGGCAGUAACAGGCAAGGAUGCCGAUUCUGAGAUAAAGUUGAAGCGCAUAGAAGCUGAUUUGAAAAUUCUGAAAUUACAGGAAGAAAUAGUACAACUCCUUCCUACCGAUGAAGAAAAGCAAUAUGUUGAAAGGCAGCUCCUUCGUCCAGAAGAGCUUAUUAAGCUGUGCCUCAAAGUUCAGAACGAAAAGCUCUGCUUGUGUGCUUUUGAUGUGUUUGCAUGGACCAGCUCCUCAUUUCGUAAGACGUACAGAAAUCUACUGGAGGAGUGCUGGAAGAAUGCUGCCGAUCAGGACGAUUGGAGUCAACUCUAUCAAUCAUCGACAGCUCAAGGAUGGAGUGAUGAGGAAACUCUCCAGAAUCUGAGGGAAACCAUGCUUUUCCAAGCUUCUAGCAGGUGUUAUGGACCAAAUGCAGAAACUUUUGGAGAUGGGUUUGAAGAAGUUUUGGCGCUGAGACAAGAAAACGUGGAGCCUCUGCUUUUGAAGGAUUCAGGUUCUUCUGUGGAGGCAAUACUGAUGCAGCACAAGGGUUUCCCAGAGGCAGGAAAGCUAAUGGUGACUGCUAUUGUGUUGGGGAGUGUACAGGAUGAUACUGGACUGGAAGAGGGUCCUCAACCAAUGGAAUGAUGUUGAUAAGUAUGAAUCAGACCAAUGAAUUGUCAGAUUGUUUUUACUGAGUUUAUACAAUUUAACAAUGCUUUGCAGUC